AUGAGUAAUCGAUCAAGUGCAUUUGAAAAAGCUCAACAAUUAGUGGAUAACGAAAAGGUCGAUGAGGCUUUGGCUGAAAUUUCAGAAUUCACAUCAGAAGACGGUGUUGAAUAUUCAAUAUCCGAAAUGAGAAUCAUUAAUACAAUUAUCAGCGAGAAAUUGACGAGGUUCAUAGUUUUUAUUUUUAUUUUUUUUUCAACUUCAAAGACAUCCAAAAAUAGUAAAAUAUUCCUCACUUUUUUUUUGGUUAUGUUUUGCUCUCUAGUAUGAUAAAAAAUGAUGUUACAAUCAUUACAAUCAUAAAGUUCAAAGUCCAACUCAUUUUUUCCAGUGCUUCCUUCGAAGAGAAGAAAGACGCUUGUUUCGCUUGUUUAGAUCUGAUAGAGGGAGUCAAAAUCACGUGAGCUUUUUUUCUUCAAUACAAAAUUUACAUAUGUUAUUCAAAUUUCGAAUUUCAGAAAAAAUGCGGAAUGGCUGGAAUUAUACAACGACUCGAUUUAUGAGAUUUUUAGCAAAUUGAACAGAUGUGCACGGGAUGAAGAGAGAAAUGAAGUUUGGAAUCGAUUAAAGGUUUGUACUUAUUUUCGGUGGUGACAUUUUCUAUAAUAAAAACAAGCAUACUUUUGAAGGAAUUGUUCUACGAAGUGACACUCGCUGCUAAAAAAGUUUGGAAAGAGAAAAAUGCCCCAGGAGGUUUGGAAAUCUAUGUUUAUUACGCAAAAUUAGUCAAAAGUUAUCUCGAUGUCGCCGAUGAAGAUUCUUUCAAAAUUUGCGAGACUUUCGCAAAAGAAGCCAAAUUUGUUGGAAAAGGAACUUUGGAUGAUGAUGACUAUAAAGAUGCGAAAAAAUCAAUAGAAUUAAUCAACAAAACUGUUGGUGAUGCGAAACAUGAACGUGAUCUUUUGGAUGAUGAGUAA